CCAUGGCUCUAUGACGCCCAGUGAGGGAGGAUGAUGAUGGUCCAGCCCCCUCCGGGAAAAAGAGAAAUAAACGCUUUGAGCGCUCAUGGGACAACACAGCUGGGGCUGGGGGCAAAUGGGCGGCCACCCCACCCCCGCCCCGCCCCGCAGCUGUGCCGCCCCCCGGCCCUGCCCCAUAAAGCACCGGAGGAGCAGCCCCUGAGCUCCCAACCCGGCUCCCAGUGUUCCCUGCUCGGUUCUCGGUACAUCCCGAAGAUGCUGCACCGCCGCGGAGCCUUCACGGUGUGGCCGAUUCGUGGUGACCUCGAUGGUCCCUGGGAGUCGGCCGAGAGCUGCAUCGUGCGCACCUCCGCCAGCGUCUACCGCCGGCUGCAGGAGAGCCCGUGGCAGCCCCCGCGGGGCAUGAGUAGCCGGGGACCCCCCUCGCCGCCACCACAGCCCCCCAGCAGCCCCUCGGCCGGCAGGAGGUUCCUCAAGUUUGAGUCCGAGGAUUCCGGGGUGGAGAUGGCCAGCAACGAGCACUCGCCCUCCACCCCGCUGGGCUCCGAGAGCAGCUUCUCCCUGGACGGUUUUCCGGCGGAGAAGCCCCCCGGAGAGGAGCCCCCCCGGAGCCGCUCGGCCAGCAGGAGGCUGCUGCAGGCAGCGCAGAGGAGCAGGAGGCAGCGCUGCCCUCGACAGCUCAGCAGGCGCAGCGCCAGCACCGCCGACCUGGCAGAGCCACCGCGGGACCCCGGGGAGCCCGAAGGGGCGGCAGGGGGGGCUCGGCAGCCCGGCAGCCCUCGGGACCCCCGGGCUGGGCCCGAGGCCGCGGUGUCGGGGCAGGGGCUGCGCUACCUGGAGCACGUGUGCCAGAUGCUGGAGCGCCUGGCGAGGCUGCAGCAGGACAACCGCGCCCUCCGGCAGCAGGCGGCCGGAGCCCGGAGCGCCCGCCCGGCCACCCUGCCCACCCGGCAGUCUCCGAGGCAGAAUUUGGGCACGUGGAGGGGUGAGGAGUUCCGGCCGCGCUCCUGCUCGGACAGCCAGGCACCAGCAGCCGAGCCCGGGCCGUGCCGGAGGAUGUGGGGACACUCGCUCAGCUCCCCCAGCCUGCUGGACCCCUCCGAGGGCGGGGCGCGAGUCCCGGCACCGGACAAGGUACGGCCGGGGUGUAACGGGGGAAGGGUCCCGCGGGUCCCCACCACUGACCCCACCUCUCCCGGCAGGACGGGCGCUCGCACUGGGGCCGGGUGAAGGUGCUGCUCACCCGCCUGACCCGCCGCUCUCUGCGGGGCGGCCGCUGCAGGUAGGACGGGAGGGUCCCGCUCCCACCGCCACACCUGGAUGGAGGAAGUGCAUCACACCUCACCCUGCGGCGUCCCGCCCGCCCGGGGCCGGUCCCCGGCCCGGCGCACCCCCUUCACCUUCACCCUUUCCCCCAAUAAAGGCUUUUCACCGAUAAAGAGGCGGCUUUUAGCGCGGUGCUUGUUGUCGCGA